AUGGAUUUGCAUCUUUCGAGGACACAGACGUUGACAUUGUACGGAGUUGGAACGGAGUCCCAGGGAAGAACAGACGGUCGAUUGUUACGAACCCAAGGAGAGUGUGAGAAGAUAAAGCUUUGGAUUUACUGGUUCCAGUUGUGCAGCUCUAAACUCAUCAGACUGACGUGUGAUGAAGAGUCUUUUGAUUCAUUGUCAACCUGUCUACCAAACAUCCAAAAUGAGAUUAUAGACAAACACAAUGCGCUUAGAAGAUCAGUCUCUCCAACUGCCAGCAACAUGCUAAAAAUGAAAUGGAGUGAAGAAGCAGCAACUAAUGCCCAAAUAUGGGCAGAUAAAUGCACUCUGUCACAUAGUACAAGCGAAUAUCGAAAACUCAAUACAAGUACUUGUGGGGAGAAUCUCUUUAUGUCCAGUCAUGCAGCUACAUGGUCAAGUGGAAUCCAAGCUUGGUUUAAUGAGUCCUCAAAUUUUAUAUAUGGUGUAGGGGCAAAGACUAAAGGAGCAAUUAUUGAACAUUACACACAGGUUGUUUGGUUCUCAUCUUCACUGGUUGGAUGUGCAGUUUCCUACUGUCCAGAUGCAUACCAAAAAUAUUACUACGUUUGCCAAUACUGUCCUGGGGGUAAUAUUAAGGACAAAAUCAAUGUUCCUUACCUCAGGGGACCACGUUGUGCUGCCUGCCCUAAUGAUUGUGACAAUGGUCUAUGCACCAACAGCUGCAUGUAUCAAGAUAUAUAUUCUCACUGUAAAAGUUUGGUGGCUUCAGUGGGUUGUAAACCUGACAUCACCAAGGACAAUUGCAAGGCCCCCUGCAAGUGCCAAAACAAGAUUUAUUAA